GGUGUGCAGAAGUCUGGUCUUGUCAGUGGCUUGCAUCUACGGUGGUCUUGCGUGGAUGAUGAAGGUCGCGUCGAAGAAAAGGACGAGAAAUUUGCCUGGGUUGGAGGAAGGGACGAGUUAUUCACACGGCUUGUUGGAUCACAGAGUGGUCGCUGGGUCAUCGGGUAAACCUUCAUUUUUCAAAUCUAUGCUUUCUUAAUGUAUGAUACGUGCGAUGCUGACUAGGACUGGUUAGCUGCUAGACAUAUGUGUGCGACAAUCUAGAGAUUUUGCCCAGUCAGGCAGGUGUCAUUCUCCACAUGUCAAUGACCUGUCUUCUCCGACAUAAAUUAAAACGUCUGCGUCGAAAGAAGUUAUCACGAAGCAGACUGCUUCCUCCGCCACACAUAUAGCCCGAUCCUUCUGGGGUUUGGUCGCGUCUCCCCUCUCUUCCCAUUUCUUCCUCUUGUGCACUUGCUCUAAGCCCAACAACUCACACAUCCUUCGUACUCAUAUCAUGUUCUUUACUCCAGAAUUAUUAUCCAGGCGCGACAGUGGAUUUGGCUUGCUCUGGCUUGCCGCGACUUUGGGUUCUAAAUCAUCAUUCAAGAAGCUGUCGCGGCGUUCAGUGGUUACUGCCGACAUAUCACAAUUAUGCGAGUUAAUUGCGGAACCACCUGAACCAUUGGCGUUGCGGCUGUCAAGUAACCUCAUGAUAGGUGUUGCUCGAGUCUACAAAGUGAAACAAGAGAUAUUCUUCGCCGAUGUAAAUACGUGCUUCACCACCUUGAAGAAGGCCGUGCAAGAACUUCAUGCCUCGUCCGAUGCUGCAGCUCAAUUGCAGAUGGGCCAGCCAAGUGUUAGACCGGAUACUGUUACCAUUAGCGUUGACCCAGGCGCGGCUUUUGCAAUGGACUUUGAUAACUUAUUUGCGGCUUGGGAGGAGAGACCGGAAAUGGAGGAUGAGGAUCAGUCAGAUGGAGAAUUCGACCCACGGAACGGGCCAUCCAAGAAGAGAAAGACUAAGGAGCGUUCGGUUUCUGCUGUGGACAACGCUCGAGGAGACCUACAUACCUUGAAAGAGAACCAUGACUUCGUACUUUCAGCUUCGUUCGAUGUUUCCUUUCAAGAUGAAGUCGGUGGGGGCAUUGCUCCUUCGUCCUCCCAGAUCGGUGGCUUUCGUUUCGAUGAUAACUUCCUUGACGGUAUCGAUAUUGGCGGCGACAUUGGCGACGAGCUGGCAAAGGAGUUGGGCCCAGGAUGGGGUGCACCUGCCGACAACGUAGAUGCAGGGGCUGAUCACUUGUUUGACGGAGACAUGAACGUCCAGGACGAUAUAACGCCAAACUUCGAAUUCAACGCUGACGUAGGCUUUGGGGGCGCGGACGCUGGUGCCGUACCUCCUAACGGCUCUCCCAGUGUCAAUGGAUAUAUGCGACAAGGAAGCAAAAGACCACUCGUUGAAGCAGACGAUGUAUCAUUCACAAGAGAUGGCUCCAUUGUUGUUCCCCUUUCACCUUUGAAUGCCGAACUCGGUAUGGAAGAGCAAGAGGGUGAUGCCCCUGCAAAGAAGAAGACCAAGCGCGUUAGGUUGCUGCUGGAUGCCCGCACAGAACUCACAAACGAAGAAUUGCAGAGAGCCCGCUCCCACUAUUUGGAGGAACAGGCAGCUCUGCGUAGAGAAAUUGCCCAGAAGAAAGCCGAGAAGGAAAGCGAGAAAAUUUUGGAGGACAUGAUAUUGGGUGUUCCCAACGGUUUACAUGCACAAGUGUUAGUCGAUUUCUGGCUGGAAAACUUCCGCCUUCAAGUUGAAGCGCGAUCCGGCCAACUACAUUUGGAUUCUGAGGGUGAACCUCCUCGUAAGCGCAGGAAGGUAAACGAGCAUGAUGGUGUCGCAGAAGAAUUUAGGGACGGUGCUCUAGCUGCUCCCGACCUAAUGGAAGUCGAUAUGGCUUUUGGCAUGGACAAUGGCCCGGGUUAUGUUAUAGAUGAUAUUCAGGAUCGUGAUUUCGUAAUGGAUUCUCGACUACGCUCCUCCGAAGAGCCUGGUCAAGCGCGAAGGGCUUCUAGACCUCCAUCCCUGCUCGGCGAUAGCCACUUUGACUUCGAUUUGCAGCCCACUCAAAUAUCCGCCUCACAACGGAGCGCCCUCUUUCCCUGGGACCAUGCAGGCGUCAGCUCAUCCGUUGCUGGUGCAUUCGAUCUCCCCGUGGGUAGCGAUAGAUUUAGUCUGCCGUUGCCUGCUAGAGGAAGCUCUCUGAGCAGCAGGGGCCGUGAUAGUCCACUGCGACCCUUGUCCGGGUUACAUGGUGACUUUGGGGUAAGGGAUAACCAGCUUGAUGGCGACGAAUUUGAGUUCGCUGUGCCGGGAGACAGGUCAAUGCAAAAUGAGUCGCAGAAAUCUGACAUGAAUGUCAUAGCGUUAGAACGGAACUCGUUGAAUUUCUUGGAGUACGCAAAGAUGCAAUUCAAUGCUAUGCCUUCCGCAUCGUCUUUGUCGUUCGACGAUGUGGUACCAAAAGCUACUAGUACACCGCAUGUCGCUUCCGCCGCCUUCUACCAUUGCUUAGUCCUUGCAACUAAGAACCUCAUCGGAGUAGAACAACUUGGAACAUUUGGCACCGUCAAAAUUACUGUCAAAUGAGUCAGGACAACAGAGUCUACCCUUUGCCUUUCUCACAAUCAAGCAACCUUGCAUGUCGUACCCCUUUUUUGUUGUUAUUAGUACUGACCUUCGAGGACUGACAUGCACAUUCCACUCACGGACAUCCAACGUACGGACAGUUUGCAGUCGACUAGAUGCUAUCUGAGCAUUGACCCUAUUAUAUUGAGCGUGUCUUAUAUCUUCCAAUAUUGGACAAUAGCGUAGUCAGCCCAUAGAACACUCAAUACUAUGCUUUUACG